GUGACAGAGGCCCCCAAAGGCUAAGCAGACCCAGCUAUGGCUCCAUCUCCAACCCACCCAGCCCAGGGUCACAGCAAAUCCCACCCAGAGAGACCAACUGGAGGCACGUUCAGCUUCCGGAAGCUGUGGGCUUUCACAGGGCCUGGCUUUCUCAUGAGCAUCGCUUUCUUGGACCCGGGAAACAUCGAGUCAGAUCUGCAAGCUGGAGCUGUGGCUGGAUUCAAACUGCUCUGGGUGCUGCUGUGGGCCACAGUGUUGGGUUUGCUCUGCCAGCGGCUGGCAGCUCGGCUGGGCGUGGUGACAGGCAAGGACUUGGGCGAGAUCUGUCAUCUUUACUACCCUAAGGUGCCCCGCACCUUGCUCUGGCUGACCAUCGAGCUAGCCAUUGUGGGCUCAGACAUGCAGGAGGUCAUUGGCACGGCUAUCGCGUUCAAUCUGCUCUCAACUGGACGAAUCCCCCUCUGGGGUGGCGUCCUCAUCACCAUUGUGGACACCUUCCUCUUCCUCUUCCUUGAUAACUACGGGUUGCGCAAACUAGAAGCCUUUUUUGGAUUUCUCAUUACCAUCAUGGCCUUGACCUUUGGCUAUGAGUAUGUGGUGGCCCGUCCAGCGCAGGGAGCGCUCCUUCGAGGCCUGUUGCUGCCCUUGUGUUCGGGUUGUGGGCAGCCUGAGCUGCUGCAAGCCGUGGGCAUUGUGGGUGCCAUCAUCAUGCCUCACAACAUCUACCUGCACUCUGCCCUGGUUAAGUCUCGAGAGAUUGACCGGGCCAGCCGGGCAGACAUCCGAGAAGCCAACAUGUACUUCCUGAUUGAGGCCACCAUCGCUCUGUUUGUCUCCUUCUUCAUCAACCUCUUUGUUAUGGCCGUCUUCGGGCAGGCGUUCUACCACCAAACCAACCAGGCUGCGUUCAACAUCUGUGCCAACAGCAGCCUCCACAACUAUGCCAAGAUCUUCCCCCAGAAUAACCUUACGGUGGCAGUGGACAUCUACCAAGGGGGUGUGAUCCUGGGCUGCCUCUUCGGCCCUGCAGCCCUCUACAUCUGGGCGGUGGGUCUGCUGGCAGCGGGACAGAGCUCCACCAUGACCGGCACCUACGCGGGACAAUUUGUGAUGGAGGGCUUCCUGGGACUCCGGUGGUCCCGCUUUGCCCGGGUCCUCCUCACCCGCUGCUGUGCCAUCCUGCCCACGGUGCUAGUGGCCCUCUUCAGGGACCUGAGGGACCUCUCGGGCCUCAACGACCUUCUCAACGUGCUGCAGAGUCUGCUGCUGCCCUUUGCUGUACUGCCUAUCCUGACGUUCACCAGCAUGCCUGCCCUCAUGCACGAGUUUGCCAGUGGCCUGCUUAGUAAGGUCAUCACUUCCUCCAUCAUGGCACUGGUCUGUGCCAUCAACCUCUACUUCGUGGUCAGCUACCUACCGGAUCUUCCCCACCCUGCCUACUUUGGUCUGGUAGCCCUGCUGGCCGUGGCCUACCUGGGCCUUAUCAUCUACCUGGUCUGGACCUGUUGCAUUGCUCAUGGAGCAACCUUCCUGGCCCACAGCUCCCACCAACACUUCCUGUAUGGGUUCUCUGAAGACGACAAGGGGAAAGGAGGGGCCGCUGGAUGAGCCCCCCACGGGGC